UGCAGGAUUAACCCAAGCCUACGAGCAGUCUUCCUGGUAGCCACUAGUAUCACUCCCAUGUUGAGACCCGAUACAAGCUCCUAGUGUAGCAUUUGAUGGUCGCACAGCGGCGAUUUAGCUCACAUGUGCACUAGUCUCCUAAUAUUCCCCCCAAGGAGGCGGGACGGCGGUGGAGAGAGUAGUACAGCAUUGAGGAAAAGCCUGACAGUGCUAUUGGCCCGCUGCCUUCCUCUGCCCUUUGUCCUCCUCCCGACAUGAUGCCCAGGAGCUACAUCACUCAGUAGAAGACACGCAAGCCUUGUAGAUGGGGCGAUGGAAAGGUAAGAAUGCUGGGAAGUUUAUACUUGACAAAGGAAGUGCCCUGAGCUCCACCGUUUGUCAAGCAUAGGCAAAAUACAUCAUGCAGAGCAGGCCUUAUUUUGUCUCAUGUAUUUUAGGUGAAAUAGGAGAGAUAUGAAGACCAGAAUGGGAGACAGGAAGAAAGGAAGAAUCGAGUAAUGUUACAGAUUGGUGGUGGUCACUUUAGUCUCUCCCUUCCACAAGGAUCAUAUUCCACUCUCAGAGCAUCUUAAUAACUCUGUGACAAUGUGCAAGGACAGAAACCGGAUGACUGAGAAGAUCGUGGACCUAACCUUGGAGAUCAUCUACUUGCUGACUGGAGAGCAUUAUGGCAAGAGGUCGGGAGAGUGUGUCAAGCGUAGCAGCAGUCCCCAUAUAUCGGAUGUAUCCUGUUCUGCUUCAGUGUCUCCACCUCACUUAUUGUUACAUGAGAGGAACAAUGAGAAGAAGAUCCUGGAACUGACCAAUCAGAUCAUCCAGCUGCUGACUGGAGAGGUUCCUAUAAGGUGUGAGGAUGUCACUGUCUAUUUCUCCAUGGAGGAGUGGGAGUAUCUAGAAGGACACAAGGAUCUCUAUAAGAAUGUAAUGAUGGAGGACCACCUGCCACUCAUCUCACUUGAUAACACUGCCAGCAAAUCUGUACCUGAUGUCUUUCAUACCCCCGUUUCAUUGCCCGGUAUUGAAACCGAGGAUAAAACCGAAAAUAAAACCUAUAAGGGGGGAACAUGUUUGAAAAUCCAUCAAGAAAGUGAAAGACACACUAAUUCUGUAGCAUGCAUGAAAAAGAAAUGUGACUCACUUGAAGAAAGAAACCUCACUGAUGUGGACGUUUAUACAACAGAACACACAGAGACAGAAUAUACAUCUUCUCUUAUUAAGGACGAAUUGGUCCAGUCUAAGGAAGACAAUAUUACAGAUGGUGACAUGGACAUUAAUACACUGACAUCUACUUGUAUUAAGGAGGAAUCAGACUCAUGUGAAGAAGGGAGUCUCACAGACACUGACGUUUAUACACCCACAGUACAUACACACACAGAAAAUCCUUUUACUCAUAUUAAGAAGGAAUCCGUGUCAUGUCAAGAAGGAGAUAUGGCAGAUAUGGUUACUUAUACUGAAGGUUCUCUAAAAGACAAUCAAAUUUCACCCAACACAGCACCUAAUGUGCCUUUUAUUGAACCUAGGAAACAUGGCCAUAAUGCUAAUAUUAAAUCUGGUAAGUUUUCCCAGUGCACACUGAACACAGAGGCAAGAUCCAGCUGUUCAGGGGGUCAAAAAGGUCACAAGAUGUCUUCUUCUGAAACUGAGAAAGUCUUCUCAGAUUCUCAUUCUGUCCUACAUGAGACAGAUUGUAGAGGAAAGAAACGAUUGUCAUGUUCUGAAUGUGGGAGGGGAGAGAAACGAUUCUCAUGUCCUCAGUGUGGUAAGAAGUUUGGGCAGAUGUCCAAUUUGGUAAUCCACCAGAGAAUACACACAGGCGAGAAACCAUUCUCAUGCUCUGAGUGCGGAAAACAGUUUAACCAAAAGCCUCAUCUUAUGCGGCAUCAGAAGAUUCACACAGGAGAAAAGCCAUUCAUAUGCACUGAAUGUGGGAAAUGUUUUGGCCAGGUCACUCAGCUUAUUUCACAUAAGAGGAUUCACACAGGAGAGAAACCGUAUUCUUGUUCUGAGUGUGGAAAAUGUUUCAGCAAUAACACAAGUAUUGUUCUACACAGAAGGAAACACACUGGUGAGAGACCAUUUAUAUGCUCUGAGUGUGGGAAAUGUUUUAUCAGUAGUGCAAGUCUUUCUGUGCAUAGACGAACUCACACCGGAGAAAGACCGUAUGCGUGUUCCGAGUGUGGGAAAGCAUUUAGCAAAAGCUCGAGUCUUGUUGUGCAUAAACGGAUUCACACUGGAGAGAAACCAUACUCAUGCUCUCAAUGUGGGAAAAGUUUUAGCCGAAGCUCAACUCUUGUUACACAUAAAAAGACACAUACGGGAAAUAACCUGUACACGUGUUCGGAAUGUGGGAAAUGCUUUAUCACACAUUCAUCUCUCACAAAACAUCAUAAAACUCACACGGGUGGAAAGCCAUGCUGAUGCAUUAUGGGAUGUACUCCUAACCAGACUACCACCAGUCCUGAAAUGAUUACUGUAGACAAGGAAACAUUAUGAAAAUUUUUCAAGUCUGAGCUUUUCCGAGUGGCAUUGAUCGUUAGCAGAUUUGUGGAUUACAACUUGCUCUUAGAGACUCACAUAAACUGAUUUCUCAAUUCACCCAUGUUUGACAGCUGUUACAACGUAGACAUUAUUAACUUACCAUAAUCAUGGGUUAAAAGAGUGGUAUUUUAACUUAGAGAGGUGUCUCCCCACCCCCCAACUGAAGAACACCUUGCAUUGUGAAAGUAUACAAACUGUGAA